AUGCCGAAGGACCGCUUCACGCGCAGCCCGUUCCCGGAGGUUCGGGUGUCGGACAUCGAGCGACUCGAGCUGGUCGACCUCGUGGAAAACUUGGUGUUCGACUACGUCCACAAGUUCGAGGAGUUCGCGCAAGUCGACCGACGCCAAGUGGACGACCGGCGCUGGGAGCUCGUCAAGGCCAAGGACAAGCUGCGCGUGUACUCGGAGCGCACCCGCAAGGAGCUCAGUCGCCGCGGGAUGCAGCCCGAGACGUCGUUGAGCGCCACCCAGCGAGUGCAAGCCAAGGCCGUGACCAAGGAGCUGCCCGUGGUCAUGAGCGCCGGCUCGUUCGUCGGCGAGCUGGACGACCUCAUGUUCGGCGUCGUGAGCCCCACGCUGGACGACAUGCGCGUCAAGGCGUCGUACGUGCACGACGUCGAGAGCGCCGCCGUGGUCUGCUCCGUGCUGGAGCCCACCAAGGACGACCCGUUCCGCUCGCUCGUCAUCAAGUGGAUGACCAUCGACGUGCCGCUGCCCUCGAGUCUCAUCAAGAGCCGCGACUUCGUGUACAUCGAGGCAACGGGCAUGACGUACCUUCCCAAUGGGGACCGGGUGGGCUACCACCUGCAGCACUCCAUCGACUUCCCGCAGACCAAGCCGCUGCCCAACAAGACCCGCGGCAACAUGUCGGUGUUCAGUUGUUUCAGACGCAAGCGUCGACAGGUUAUCGAGAACUUCGCGUGGGGCGUCGUGGACCCUGGAGGCGAGAUCAUGCGCAGCCUCGCAGUCUCUGUGGCGGCGGGGACGCUGCUCACUGCGACGAACUAUGUGUACUGCGGACAGAUGAAGAAGCUCGCGUGGAUGCUGCAGCUCAAUCGCUCGAGUCACUCGCCGAUUGUCCGGAAGGACCACACGCAGAGGAAGCAGUGUGUAGUCUGUGGCAAGAAGACCACCAAUGCCAUCGGAAGCAUCGGCAAGGGCACGUGCAAGAUCUGCGACGGUAGCGUCUGCUACUCGUGCAAGAUCCGCCAGCGCGUCAGCAGCAUCGCCCGUGGGGGACAAUUGAUUCAGCGCAAGGUGGUGGUCUGUGGGAAAUGCAUGAUCGAGACGAACCGCUGGAACGCGCAGGAGGCCGCGAUCGAUCACGCACUGGGCUACGAGUAUGGCACGAUGCACUCGGCGUAUUCCUUCGUGGACACAUCGGCGUCUUCGUACGAGGAGUUGACCUAG